AUGGAUUUCAGUGAACUAAGAGACAUCGAAUUACGGGAAGCCUGGCCCAACGAGGGCAGCGACUUUACUCCGUGGCUCGAGGACAACCUGCAGCGGCUGUCGAGAGUGAUCGGCAUAGCCAUCGAACCCGACGACAGCCAGGUUGCAGUGGAAGGCUUCAGUGCCGACAUUCUGGCCACGUUCCCGGUGAACGGUAGCCGGGUGGUAAUCGAGAACCAAUUGGACAACACGGACCAUGCCCACCUGGGGCAGAUAAUGAGCAACCUGGCACGCUUGGAGGCGCAGUCCGCCAUCUGGGUUGCCCGGGAGUUCCAGCCGGCGCACCUUGCGGCAAUCCGCUGGCUGAACAUCAACACUCCGGGCGAUUUCGCCUUUUUUGCUGUCAGAGUCCGGGCAGUGCGCAUCGGCGAUUUCCCUGCCCCGAUUGCGCCGGUUUUCGAGGUGAUUGAAAAACCUCAUGACUGGGACCGAACCGUGCUGGCACUGAACCGGGUGCCCGUGGGCAGCGGCAGCAUCAAUAACGCUGCUUAA